UCAACGGGCGGCAGUGUAACAGUCACCCGGAACCGCCCAAUCGAGUGCUCACAAUUCUUUCACAAUUCAAGCAAAAUACCAACUCGUCAAGCAACUGAAUAAAGAAAAAGCAUUGACCAUGAUGUUGACAUUCCAAAGGCUACAAGCAGCAAUCGUUAUGUUGAUGGUUGUAUCAGUAUCCUCAAAACAAGAAAGAAUAUACAGCACGCUACGAAGUGUCGGUAAUGAUGGAACAACUGAACGAGACCUUCAGCAACUUCCGCCUUCCAGUGAGCUGUGGUGUUCAUUCCUCAACCUCUGCGCGACACUGGAAGAUCUCCCACAGAUUACCUCUGUGCCAGCUGCUCCAGCGGCACCCGCGCCAAGCCCAUCGACUGCCGACGCCAUGUGCCAGUUUCUAUCACUCUGUCCACCAACUCAAGCACCCUCAGUCCUUACUCCAGUCAUCACUCAAGCUCCAUCAGUCCUUACUCCUGUCGUCACUCAAGCACCGUCAGUCCUAACUCCUGUCGUUACUCCCGUACCAGCUCCACAGCCAACUACCUCGUCUCAGGGAGUCGGGACCAUGGCACCCACUUCAAUUACCGACACUGUGACUCUGCUUGACCUCUGCGUCUUGCUUGGGUUGUGCGUCUAUACACCAGCGCCAGUGCCUUCACCCACUACAACGACACUGACAACGCCACGCCCAACCCUAGCGACGCCUGCCCCAACGGAUGCCAUGGAAGUAGCCACAACGGCGGGGCCUACAUUCCGACCACCACCCCAAAACCUUUGUGAAAUGGCCGGUGACUGUGGACCCACUCCAGCAGAGCAACCCACUGGUGCACCAUCCUACCCAACACCACCACAAUACGAUGCCAUUUGCGAAUUCUUGGGAAAUUGUCCUCCUUCUUCCGGUGCCUCGUCGAAUCAACAAGAACCACAGCCGACACCGAAUGCGCCACCCCCCACCGUUGCACCCCUUACUCCAAGGCCAACAUCUGCCAGUACGUCUGGUACCAAUGCAGGCACGUCAACUUUGGAAAGCAAUGUAGCAUUGGACUUUUUGUGUAAUUUCCUGGGACUCUGUGAUAUCGAUCUAGGCCAGCUCGGCGCCGGAGGAGGUGGCACCAUUUCCACCGCAACUUCACCGCCGACACCCGCUACUCCCAACCCGACACCGGCACCCACUAGGCCUACCUUGCUAUGCAUCCUGACCACCAUUUGUUGAGCAAUAGCUUUCGCUGGAUAAUACCGCCUCGGAGAAUCAAGGGCAAAACAAGAGGUCGGUAUCGAAAUUCAAUCUAGGGACUCGACUCAAGUGUCCACCGGGAAGCCCGCGGGCUUCAUGUACAAUAAACAUAGGUAGCAGCUGGCCAUUACAGUUCUGAAAAUCACAACUCGACAUACGUAGUAUCAUCGGUAGCAGCUGGCCUCACAAUUCUAAAAUACUGUAGCUAGGCGAUUACAUGUAAUGCAUUGUGUGU